UGAGUUGGAGAGGGAGGAGUGAGAGAAAGAGCGUGUGUGUACAUUGUCAUCCAGUCCUGGCAGAGAGCAGCAGCACGAAUAUCACCAGCGGACGGGAUAAAGACGCACCGAGCGGACCGAGGCGGCGAGGACACAAGGAAUACACGCUGACGAAGAAGCAACAACAAAGGGAGAGGAUGGAAUAAAAAAACAACAACAAAAAAGGAAGCAUUUUAUUGCUGCUCCUUUCUCGUCCCACGUCUGUUUGGAGCAUCCCACAAGCAGAGCACCAGUGAAAACACAUACAUAUGAUAUAUAUAUAAAAUUCCUAUACAUAUAUAUCAAAUUAUGACUGUUUUCAAAGAAGCUGAAGCCGGACAAGGACUGAAUCGAUAGAAAAAAAUCCAUUGCAUGAGAAAUUGGGAAAUGCCUAAAAACUGUUGCAUAUUAAUGCUUUGAGAUUAUUUUUUUUUGUCGGUUUUUUGCUCAGAGUUGGGGGUGGAAGGGGACAAAAAACACAUUGAUGCAAACGGAACAUUUUUGAAAAUAGGCAACUGAGUUGUUGAGCAACAAAGAGCGUCUGCUGCUGCAGGCAGACCUACAUUUCUAAGCGGGCUUCUUUUGAAAACAGGAUAUUUUUUCGUUGCCACACGGCUGUUUGGCCGUCGCGUCUCCACUUGUCUCUGUCUUCCGACGGGGCCGCGGGAGCGUCACUCCGGCGGGGCGUUCACAAGUGCGACACUGAAAGUGCAGAGGGCAGUCCGGGGGGCUCUCUGACCCCACGCUGGUAUUUCCCCAGCAACGACAAAAACCAAAAAAGGGGAGGGGAGGUAAGUUGUGAGGGAGAAAGAGAGAAAAAUGCAGGAUUAUCACUCGCAGCUUGGAGGGAGAUUAUGAUCAGAGAGUAAACAAACAAAAAAAAACCCAACUGAGCCAAAAGCAAAAUCAAAGGAAAGGGAGACAAAACGAUCCAAUCCACGAACCAUUGCGCCAUCCCAGCAUCUGUCUCUCUCUACAGCUUCUCCGUGGAUGCAGCGACCCUAAAACACUUGGAUCAGAGGUUCACUUUCACAACAUCAGACCCCCCCCCCCUCUCGCUUUUUACUCUCAGCGCCCGGCUGGUGUCCCGGGUCUGUGAGAGACCCUGAUCUCCGCGCAGAGGAGGGGUCCCAGUGGCGCGCGCGCGCGCGCAGCAGCAGCAGCAGCAACAGGAGCCCCGCACGCGGCGAGGACAAAAAGCCUUUGGACUCAUUCUGUGUGACAGACUGACACUGACAGAGCACUGUCACCACGGGGACUCCACCCCUUUGUGAAAGCGUGUGUGUGUGUGUGUGCGAGAGAGAGAGAGAGAGAGAGAGAGAGAGAGAGAGAGAGAGAGAGAGAGAGAGAGAGAGAGAGAGAGCGUGUGUAUGCGUGCAGUUUGUGCGUCUGUGUGUGAGAAAACACACCUCAGGUGCAAAAGCUUUUUGGACCGUAAUCAUCAGAGGAUCUCAGCUUGACGCGAGCCCGCAGCUAUGCUUUAAAGAACACCGCUCAGCUGUCGUUACCUGUUGGGUCCUUGGCGAGAAAAUAGGAAAGGAAAUACCCCGCGCGACCUCUACAAAAUAAAAGCUCAAAAAAGCGUGCAUCUGCACAUCUGGAGGAGGGAGCAACGUUUACUAGAGUGGAGCGAGGUGGCAGCCAAAAAAGAUGCCCACCACAAAGAUAAAAAAGCUCCCUUUGAACAGUGACAUUGAAAGUAGGGGAAUGAUAGACGCGAGUUAAGCUCCGAGAGGCACCGACAAUUAAAGAGGAAAAGCCCGCGCUUCCCUCCAGAGUAUUUCCAGGACAUCAGAAGUGAUUUGACUCCAGCGUUAAGCAUCACAGUUGUUAUCCACUCAGGAAUAGGAUUCCGUCUCCAGAGGAAAAAGCCUUUCAUGUUGGGAGCCCGUUAGUUUGAGAAGGAAUCCGCCUGCAGUCGCCGUCAGGAACGAGGAGUUCUCACUUCUCGCGGAUUAUUCAACCUCUCCAGCGGUGGAGUUUAGUGCAGGAAACGGGUAAUAAGCCCCAAACAAGAUUCCCUCCAAACCUUCCGGAUUUGGAUUUCACUACUAGCGCCCCUGCUGAUGACGUAUGGCUUUGUGAAAGGUGACGUUUCCUGAAUUUUGGAUAAUUUUUUGGCUUUGAUUAACACACACUUACUGUAAACAGCCAGUGAACUGUUGUUGAGAUGUGAGAUAGAAAUUGCUUUAAUGGUUUCUUAUACUGAAAAAUCUCACAUUUUCAUUCAGUGACUAUAAUUUGGAGAUUGGAAUUAUUUUUUAAUCAAGAAGCUUUACAGUUCGGCAUUGAGCAACCACAAGCUACUGAAGCAAGUCCAAGAUGGCCGCAUCCGUGCAUCCGCUCUUGGUUAGCUUCUCGCUGGCCCUCCUGCUGGGUUUGACUUCGCUGGGUGGACUCAACUCUUGGCCGUCAGGUCAGGCUUCCGCCCAGGUUCCUGCCGACAACCAGACGACAGAACCUUCCAUAAUACCAGAGGCCGCGCUGGCUACCCCGACCACACCGGACGCGGAGGACAAAACGGCCCCCAUGAAUGGUAACCGUUGCUGGGGUUACUAUGACGUCAUGGGCCAGUGGGACCCUCCUUUCAACUGUAACGUGGGUAUCUACCUGUUCUGCUGUGGCUCCUGCUUCUACCGCUUCUGCUGUCAGUUCAAAAUCCACAGUUUGGACCAGACGUCCUGUUCUAACUACGACACACCGGUAUGGGCAAACACCGGGAAGCCGGCCAUACCCGUCACAGAGAUCCAAGGGGAACCGGACAAGGAUCGGACCCACAUGAUUGUGUACAUUAUCUGCGGCGUGGUGGCUAUCAUGGUGUUGGUCGGGAUUUUCACCAAGCUCGGCCUGGAGAAGAGUCAGGGAGGACAGACGGACAUGACCAACUCAAGGUUGCUGGUAGGCGCGGGAAGAGAUAUUAAAGGCUCUCUCUACUGCAGAUCCUGUCCCGCUAACAUCCCAAAGGCCAACACUGGAGGACAGAGUAAACAGGGAGAAAAUUCCAGAAAAAACCCGGCGUAUCUCGGAUGGAGUCAGCCCUGUGUUAGGCCAUUUGAGAAUACUUGGACUCUGACCGAGCUCAUGAAGCAGCCGGGCGAGGCGGGAUUGGUGGAUGGAACAGGGGUUCAUCAUCCUAUAGGCACCAACGGCAUCUCCGCCCGAUCUCUGCGCUCCAACAACGUGCCACAUGGGGCCAGUGCCAAUUAUAUCCGCACUGAGCUCGUCAACGACCCCCCACCAGAGAGACAGAGAGACGGAGGGAAGGGAGUCAAACAGAGCAAAUAUGCUUUAAGAAUAUAUCAUAACCAUUUGAACAACGCAGCAUUGUCUCCCCUGGGCCCGGCCAUGGCGUUGUCUCACCCUCACAACAACCUGGGAAUCGGCUUCAACAAGUACGCCUCGCUCAAGGCCGUGGACACGACCGCAAGGGACUACUACAAGAGCUACCCGAUGGUGGAUUACACCCACCGCCAGUCCCCUCCCACCUUCCAGCCAAUCAACUUCCACCCCAAGGACAAGCCCUUCCUCCCGCCGCCCGACAUCCACGCGCCGCUGGCCAUCACAAUCAACGCCUCCCAGAUCCCCAAGCCCAAGAUCUCCAAGACAAACACCCACCCUCUGACCUCUAGCUCGGCCUUUAAAGCGUGGGACCCCAGUAAGAGCCACAUCCAGCACCCGGUGGCCACUCAUAUGGUCCUCCAGGGGCAGCAGCAGCACCACCCCAUCCAGCAGCAGCAGCAGCAGCAGCAGCACCACCAGCCGCUGCACCAGCAGAACAGCCGGCGCCUGGCCUACUCCAACAAAAGGCAGUUCAGCAUCGAGACGCUGCCCGAGCUCUUCUCGCAGCCGCUGGGCUACAGCCGCUCGCCGCACGUGCACCCCAAGCACAAGGGACUUCCCACCAACAGCAAGACGGAGGUCACCGUCUGAACAUGGGGACGAACGGGCGAAUGGACAGAAGAGGAAACCAAGUGGAGUUGAAAGCAGCUUUGAAAGAAGUGCUCAGAUAUCUUUUAUAUCCACAGCCGUAACGGCGAGAGGAGAGAAAGCAAAUAUCGUGUAUAAUCGGAUCAUGAUUUGUUUUGUUUUUUACAUUUUCCUCAUCGUUGUUGACAAUAAUAAUAAUUAUAAUAAUAAUGUGAGUGGUAGAUGAUUAGCCUUGAAAGGUGGUGGAUCGGCGGGCUGUGACUCUUUGAACCUGGCCGCUCCCCUAAAUAAUUGAGUGGCCUCUCAGUGUGUUGGCACGGCUCACCCCUUCUUCUGCAAACCCCGUGCACCUCAAUGACACUCGGAACAGCUCGGCAGCACAAACGUUCAGAUGCCACGUACACCCACUAUUUAGCCCACAAACCAGUCCAGACGCACUCCACCCGUCUGCUGCUCCAGCACCAAGGACAGCGCCCUGGAUUUAUCGUUACAAACCCACUGAGGCUGGUCUGGUCGAUUCAUUAAAUGGGAUCGAGUCUACGGUGGGCGAAAUCGGCCUUCGGCACAGCUGGAAUGGGGUGCUGCUGCGCCCGAUGGAGGCCACAGAUACACUUCAGAGCCAUAACGUCGAAGCCGCGGAUUCUAACUUGCACACAACCUCAGUGAGAUGAAGGAUCAAGAGUCGAGGGCAAACGAGACAAACAUAUUCAACUUGACCACCCCUCCGUGCCCCCUGCACCCGCUCCGCUACUAAGAGAUGGAGAGGUGGGAUGUCAGGUCAACAAGAGCGAUGCAUUUUGGCCAACAGAGGGGGGAGGCGUCCCCCCCACUCCCCCUAAGAUCGCCUGCUGUUUCCCGGAAACUGUCAGAGAGGCUGUCGGGGGGGGGGAGCAGAGACAAUGCGAUUGUGUUGUCGUCUCCCAAUGCCCUCCGGCACCUCCAGGGAGUGAGAUAUCAGCCUGGCCAUUCACACCAGCGGGGGAGGGGCGGGGGGUCGGUUAUUCAUCUCAUUUUGAGGGGCAAAUGAGAGGAGAAGGAUCUGAACCACGUACACACACACACACAUAAAAACUACAGACUACUCCCAAUGACAGUCAAACACACUUGUGUCUCCACACACUGGUCCUUCAGAGCUGAGCGAAUGAUUUAGCGCUCUGUUAGUAUUUCUUUGAGCUGAUUCACUUCAGUCAACAUUUCUUGUGUGGCUGUGGAUAUUAACCUGGAAAGGAACCUAGAGAGAGGUCUGUGUAAAGUCAUUGCCUUCUCUCCUUUUCGCCUUCUACACUCUAGUUGUUGUUUUUUGAGAAAUGUCAGCCAGUGCUGCGAGUUGUACCAAAAAGUGAAACUACGGUCUCUGAAUAUAGAUCACGUACACCCAUUUUUACUUUUUGCACGAUUUAGCGGACAGAGGAGCAUGAGUUGAUAAUCAAACACGUCAUGGUUAACAUCAUGAAGUGUUUAUGGAUGUAGGAGGAAAAAAAGCAAUGAUGCGUUAUUUGUCGCCGUGUGGCUGUUCCUAAACGCAGCUGUUUGAUGCAUGCGUUUCCUACUGCAACGCUGACAUAUUCUGAGUGGCAGAAAGCACGUUUAAGUGUCCCGCAUUUCACUUCAGUCUUUCCACUGCCACCCUUUGGAAUUCAGUGAACAACAGGUCAUUAAGUUCAUGCUUUUAAUCCAGUCAAACACAGUAAAAGCAUCUAGUUUCUUGCUUUUAUGCUAUUUACAUAUAUUGUGUCUUCAUUGCUGCCUCGCUAACGUUCAGCAUUUUUGUUAUAAGGUUAAAGGCCGUAUGAACCCCAAAGCUUCAUUGUGUGUACUUCUGGAGAGCUGUAUGAUGUCACUGGAGCUAACGCUAAGCUAGCAAAUAAAUCCAAACUCUAUGCGGGCUCUUUGUUGAACAUCUAUUAUUCUAUUUCUGCCAGGUUAAAUAAAGAAAUAGUUACAUUUCCGUCAUACAAUUUUGUUAUAUUUCAACUGCACAGUGACUCACUGAGUAAUGUAACUGUUUACUUGCUGUUGAGUAAUUAGCAACGGAAUUAGCUUUCCAGUCAGUAAUACAUGACAUUACAUCACGUGUUUCAAGCAACUCGUUGCAUACUGGUCAUUUCUGGCUGCAGCGGCUUUUCAGCCUUUAAUAUCUCGUACCGCCGCACCACAUUUCCUCCUCUCCUCCUCCACCAUUCAGAACAGCCCAACAGGCAGCCGGACUCACUGAUUGAAAACACCUUCAUUUGUUAUCGUGAGGACACCAGCUACGCCGCACUGCAUAUGCCCGCCGCAUGCCACAGCACAUCAGACAGGUGGUGGAACCCAAUCAAACGGCAGCGCUCACCAGAAGUCACACAUUAUUUAGCAACUUCUCCAGCUCCGACUCCCUUUUGCUCUCUCUUCCGUCGCUCUCUCUCUCUCUCUUUCCAUUUCCUGCCAGCCUCCUGACAGACUGUUUUCUACUCCCCCACAGCCUCCCUCUGUGCAGCCACGUCCAUGGAAAGUUGAGCGAUGGAUAAGCAAGCGCCUGUCUGCCGUUUGCCAUCCAGUGCUCCGAGCUGCUGUAAAGCACGGUAUUCUCACUGGGUCCUCACAUUUACUCCCUUAUGCAACCUCGUGCUCACGUGCACAGGUGAGACUCAAGCUCUCGCCGGCCAAACAAAACGCUCACACGCCGGCAUCCACGAACUACGACACAAAUGACCUCACUAAGUUGUUUUUUUUUAUUCCAUUUUCUUUCAAGCAGAAUUGUCUGUCAGGAAAAUUCCUCAUUUUGCGUCUCAAUCUAACAAGAAAAUAAAGCGAGCGACGGAAUAGAGCUUUAACCAGGGAAGAAUAAAUUAGCAAUACAGCGAUCGCUUGUAAUACUGCGACGGCUUCUCCACUUUACCGCUCCAAGAUGUGAAAAACCUGUAAAUCAAAGCGACUGCCAUGCUUUUGUAAUAAGGGAUCAGCGCAGAGUUUGGAUCACAAAUACAAAAGCAUGAAUACGCAUGUUGUGAAUACGCAUCAAACGCGUCUGCGCUUAUACUCUCUCCAGCACUGUACGUAAUCAACCAUGUUGCAGCAGGUCCCUCCUGCUUGGCUUCCAUUUCACUCUUACUUUUAUCGGGCGCCACACUUACAGUGGGUCGCUCCAUGAGAAAAGUAUUCUGGCCCCCAACAGCCCGACCAAAUUAUAUUGUCAUAUUACCAUAAAUAUAAGGUGUCUGUCCAUGAUCAUUCAAAAUGCAUUAGAUGUGGAGAUCAAACGAGGAAUGAGUAAACAAGCAAUAUGCGUCGGUUACGGUCGGUAAAGCAAUAAGCGUCCAACCGUCCUCCCCCCUGUCCUUAUCUCUCCCGGUCUGUAUGUCUGGAGACCUCCUCCUCCUCGAAGUUUAAUGGUUGUGUUGCUUAUGAGGGUUUGGGUGUUCGACCCGAGUGAGUGGAGACCUGAGCAAAACACUGGACACGGCUGAUUCUGAUUUGUUCGGAUCCUCCCAAAAAUAGAGUUAUUUCUGAGAUUCAUCUCUCUGAUGCAUUCAAGCAGCCAGCUUACAAAAGCAUGCUGUGACCGUAGCUGAAAUGGGAUGUCGGUCUUUUACGUAUACUGACUUGCACAAUUUCAACAUCACAGCCAUAGUUGCCGUUUGGGUCUCGGAAGAUGCUCCGACUUAACAAACAGCCGUGGAGGUUCAACACGAUGGCAACAACUUGCUCCAGGAUUUCCAACGACGGGAGUGUACAGUGAGUCCUUGAGGACAAACAGAGCCUGAGGACAGGCUACCAGCAAACUUCUGACAACUUCUUUUUCAGCUUUCCUCACAGUUUUGUUGGCUGACAUUGCUCACAACGAUUCUCCUAAACAACACGCACUAUGAAUGGCAGAUUCUUCAAUAUCUUCUUGCUCUUUGGGAGAUGCGCAUCGGACAUGCCACAAUCCCAAGGAACAAUGUCGCUGAUGUGCGGAAUAACACUUUUUAAUGUUCACCUCCCGGUUGCCAGGCAUCCAGGAACCAUGUGUUUGUUUUUGUUUUUCUCAAUGCUGAACGGACAAAGGACUGCCAGGAAAAGCAGUUGGUAAAGCUGAAUAAAUUCGACUGAAAUAGCUUUUUGACGAGCCGCAGUUUUGCCUCUGUUGUAGACAAUGUAAAUACUGGAACACGUGCAAAACAUACACGCACAUACACGCACACAAAACGAGACACAAGAGCCACAGUAAUUAUAUAUCUUCUGUACAAUGUCCACAACUUGUGUGGUACGCAACAGGACCAAAAGCCUUGAAUCAGGGGAAACUGAGUACACCUAAGUGAUGCUUUAACGUCCACAACGGUGACGAUGAGACGAGACUGUUUGGACCAUCAGUUUAGAGUGAACAUACUCAAUUUCUCCCGAUUAACGACAGACUAUGGCGUCACUGGCUCAUCGCAGAGCUAACUGACUGUUGUUUGUAAAACUUUCUCUCUAUAAAAGAAACGCAAUGCAAGUAUUCUACCAAGGGUUAUCCGAAUGCAACCUGGUAGACAUACUUGGGCUCCAUGAUCCCUAGCAAUAUAUAGAUUAUGGUGUAUGGUUCAAUCGUUUCUUUGUACUCUGUCAGUUUCUUUUUUUUGUAAUGUGUUUUUUCAAGGAUUAAACUCCUGUCAAAAACAAAAAAAAAUAAGUUAAUUUUACCAACGGAAGGGCAAAAGUGCUUCCAGGUGUUAGACGGCCGCGCACCCUUCAACCCUGCUCCUGCUCACCUUCCUUUACCAGCAGAGGGUGUAAUGCUUGAAGCUUGUGAUCUUUUGAGUUACAUCGUAUGGUAUACAUGCACUCAUGUAUUAAUGUUAAAAGAUAUUGCAUUGUAUUCAAGUGCUUUGCCAACACAUUAGCUGAAAGGUGAAAGGAAGCGUCAGUGAUUUCUUGUACAGCUUUUGCUUCUGCAAAAAACGACAAAAAAAAAUAAAGUCAUGCAAUGUUUCAUGAUAAUUUGUAAUUGGCAGCAAUAGGCUGCCUUGGAUUGCUAUGUACUACUUGUGUAUAUAUGUAUGCUGUACCACUUGUCUGCUGUGAAAUUUGUUGACUACUCAGCUUAUAUAAGGGCUUUUUAUAGAUAUAAAAACAGACAGGGCAAUCACUCUCUGUAACUCAAGACAAACUCAAGAGUUCUUUUUUUUUUUAGGGAUGGCGGGAUAUGAACAGAAUUUCCAUGCAUACAAAAUGCUAAUAAAUAAAGUUUUGACUGACAAACUAGCUAAACUGUCUAUAGGCAAACAUGCAAUGUUGGCCCAUGUGUCCUGUUUGAAUAAAUAUUUCGAGAAAUAUAGCAUUCAUUUGUUAAUAGUGUCUUUUUCUGUUCUAGGAGGAGCAAUAGUUUAAGAAACAUAACAUAAAGAACUCUUUGUGACUGCAUUAAGUAGAUCAUUAAAAAGUCAAAUCUGA